AUGGACGGUGGAGGAGGUGUGGCAGAAACUAAUAGAAAGCGAGGGGUUGAGAACGACAAGCCGUACAAGGGGAUAAGGAUGAGGAAGUGGGGCAAGUGGGUGGCUGAGAUUCGAGAACCCAACAAGCGCUCCAGAAUUUGGCUCGGCUCCUACUCCACCCCCAUCGCCGCCGCUCGGGCCUACGACACGGCCGUUUUUUACCUGCGGGGCCCGUCGGCGCGCCUCAAUUUUCCCGAGGCUCUGCCGGUCGAAGCCGGCGGCGUCGGCUGCGGAUGCGGCGACAUGUCGGCGGCUUUGAUACGCAAGCGGGCCACCGAGGUCGGCGCCCGAGUCGACGCCGUCGAGACGGCUAUGCGCCACCACCGUGGUGGCACCGCGGCGCCAAACGGAGGUGCCGCUGAGAUUAAGCCCUGCGUGGGUGGAUUCGUGGAUCGGGUCGACCUGAAUAAGAUGCCCGACCCGGAGAAUUCGGACGGUGACUGCGAGUGGGAGACGAAUUAA